AUGCGUGCGUCUCGUCGGGAAAGAUCUUAUAUAUGGAAAAUUACUCAAUAUAACGGACCCCAUACAUGUGUUAAUCCAUCAAUCACACAAGAUCAUAGGCAAUUGGAUAGCAAAUUUAUAUUUGAUUUCAUCCUAGCAAUUGUACGAGAACAGCCAAAUGUGAAGAUAUCUGCGUUACAAGCAGAAAUCAAAGAUAAGGUUGGAUAUAUGCCGAGUUAUCGAAAAAUGUGGAAGGCUAGACACGAUGCAGUUGUUAAGAUAUUUGGUGGUUGGGAGGAAUCUCUUACAAGAUUGCAUCAAUUCAUGCUUGCGUUGUGCAAACACAACCCCGAUUCUUCGUUCUUGAUUGAAGAUGACCCUCUGUUUGUUAAUAAUAAAUUAAAACUUGAGAAUCAGGUUUUUGAUAGGAUGUUUUGGGCAUUCAAACAAACAAUUGAAGGUUUCAAGCACUAUCGGCCAGUUAUUUUUAUAGACUCCACAUUUUUAUAUGGAAAGUACAAAGGGUGUUUAUUUUGUGCUACGGGACUGGACGGCAAUAACCAUAUUUUUCCUAUUGCAUGGGGAAUAAUUGAUUGUGAAAAUACAAGGAACUGGGAUUGGUUCAUGUCUUGUUUACGGGUGUUUGUGACUAAUCGUUCUGAUAUUUGUGUUAUAUCAGACAGACAUAUUGCCAUAAAAAAAGCAAUGCAGCAAGAUUGGUGGCAGCCUCCUAAUGGACAUCAUCGAUACUGCUUAAGACACGUACUGAGCAAUUAUAACACGAAGUUUAAAAAUCCUAACAUGAAAGAAGCUCUCCGAAAGGCAGGUUAG